CAGGCUUAAGGUGAGUGCCACAUAUCCCAUCGAAAACAAGCUACCAAUGAGGAAGCCAGAUCAGAUGAUAAAAGAGAGGGUACUCAAGAACAGCAAUAACAAGAGCAAGCUUAGGAAGGGCCUUUGGUCACCAGAGGAAGAUGAGAAGCUUAUGGGGUACAUGUUAACGAAUGGACAAGGAUGUUGGAGUGACAUUGCUCGAAAUGCCGGCCUACAAAGGUGUGGGAAGAGUUGUCGUCUUCGUUGGAUCAAUUACUUGAGACCUGACCUCAAGCGCGGUGCAUUCUCACCCCAGGAGGAAGAGCUUAUCGUCCAUUUCCAUUCAAUUCUAGGCAACAGGUGGUCUCAAAUUGCGUCACGUCUUCCAGGACGGACGGACAAUGAAAUUAAGAACUUCUGGAACUCCACAUUGAAGAAAAGGUUGAAAAAUAACAAUUCCGCACCCUCACCAAACGACAGCGAUGCUUCAGAGCCUAGAGAUGUCAUCGGAGGUGUCAUGGGCUUGCAUGAGCAUGAAAAUUUCAUCAAUAUGCAGUGUAUGGACUCAUUUUCGUCAUCCUCAUCAUCAUCUUCCUCCAUGCACACUUUGGUCACAGGCAGCCAGUUUGAUCCCUUUUCCAUGCUAAAUGAUAACCGCUAUGACCUGACUAUUACUGGUGCAGCCCGCGGGUUAUUCAACAAUAUUAUGCCAACAGGGUUUGCACAAGUUGGUAAGGGGGAUGUACUUUAUGGAGAUUAUGGGGUCUUAGAGCCUGAUAAUAUGGGGUUAGAAAGGGACCUUUCACUUCCUCCACUAGAGAUCAUCAGUAGAAGCAUUGAUGAAGAGGAUAAUGCUCCGGUAGAUCAUAUGAAAAGCAACAUGAGCAACCACUUCAAUAAUGGUUGCUUUAACAGUACUGAACAUCAGAGCUUUAAAGUAGAUAACAAUUUGUUUGGGUUUGGAAAUCAUGGACAAGGAGAAAACUUAAAGAUUGGGGAAUGGGAUUUUGAGGGUUUAAUGCAAGACUUAUCCUCCUUUCCUUUCCUUGAUUUAUAAGUUAACUGAAUAAAAGCUAGCCCAACCUUGGCUACCUGCCGGCCAGCUCCCUUCUCCCUCUCCCAUAAAACUGCUGGCCAAAACAUACCCUAGGAAAUUUUUUUCUUCCAUCAAUACCUGUUGUGUUUGAUCUGUUAGUUUUUGAGAAAAAAUGAAUCCAUCAAUGAUGUUAGUCCUGCAAUAAAGUUUGCACUAUAGAGAUUAGGAUGAGGAGUUUCUUGUAUGAAUUUCAAUUUAAUUGUGAGGCACUUCGAGUCAACUGGCGGGAACAGAAUGGUGCAAUAAUCAUCUUGAUCCGGAUGAAGAGAAAUGUGAAUAGACAUGCAUCAUAUAUAUACCAGCUGAGAAGGAAAUAAAGAUUAGUCGGUAACUAGCAGUUUUGUGUACAAAAGCAAUAAUUUGGUGGUAGAAGUUGCUAAAUUGCAGAUUAGUGCAUGCAUGGCAUCGAGAAAGAAGUCUGCAGUGACAUCAAUUAUGUAAACUCACGUCAAUUAUAU